UAAAUUUGUUAACUCUUAAUAUGUAUUUUUUGUAGAUUUUUGCCUUUGUAUGCUGCAGCUAAUGAGAUUGGAAAAAGAUAGACACUGACACAACAGACUUAUGGUUUAGAGCUUUUAAGGUUCCUCUACUAUUUUCACGCGUGCUACAUUUGCUCAAGUUGUGCUCUUUUGGAAUUUAAUGGAACGUUCCGAGAAGCCGAAUCCUACCAAGCCGAAUCCCAAAGCGCUACGUGCCUAUGAGAGGCUGAUGCAUCACAGAAAAGUCUUAACAAAGCCUGAUACUGACGAGGAAGAACCUUUUGACCAUGACCUAAUGGAAUUUUUGGAGGAAGUGCACCGUCCAAAGGAUGAAAUACCAGUGGGCAUGGCUGCUGACACGUUCCUUAUGCACCAGAUGAUACUUAACGGUGAAAUGGAUAUCAGCGCCGCCAGGAAAGAGGAGUUGCUUGCUUCCCUAAUUGAAGCUCGUAAGUCUUCACAGGAGAAGCAAUUGCUGCAGGCUGAGAUCAAAAAUACAGGACAGUCACUUCACCCACAGUAGUAUAAUAACACAUUUCUUUCCUUCAUCCGUCUAUAUGUCCUGUUUAUAAGACUUUUAAGAUACAAUGCCUCGUGUCUGUUGAUCUACAAACAACUUCAGUGCACUUCACAUGUAUGUAAUAAAAAAUGUACUCUUAAUGCAUGUUUGUUAUCUGUGGGUUUCUCGAAA